AGUCAAGAACAAACCGAAAGGGAGGGUUUCAUUUUCAUUAUAUAGCGGAUUAGUGCUGAUAAAUUGCUAGUUAAGCUGAUAACCACUCACUCACCGGAACUGACUAUUCUUUCUGAAGAUGAGUAGUGAACCUUCUCUCUUGCAUUUUACUAAAUUUAAUUUUCUCCUCAGCUUCUUCCUUUGGCUGCUGAGUUCCCAACUGAUCAAGUUUCAGGUUGUCGCUCAGACCUUGAAUGAUGAUGAUGUGUCAGCUUCGGGCAUAAUAGCAGAAAAGUUGGAUUUGAAACCACCACCACGUUUUGCGGACCAAUAUUGCAACAACACUGCCGCUGCUUAUGAAGCGGGCGUGUAUUGCGACUGCAGCUACAACAGUUCCACCCUUUGCCACAUCGUUGCCAUUUCGCUGAGCAAUAGAGGCUUGACCGGAAUAAUUCCUGCUGAAGUGGCCAACCUUACGUAUCUAGAAAGCCUCGAUCUUUCUAACAACAAACUUUAUGGUGGAAUACCUGAUGAGUUGGGAACUUUGACGUGUCUCUACAUUAUAGAUCUUUCAAAUAACCAAUUGACUGGGGAAAUUCCACGUAGUCUUGGGAAUUUGAAUCCUUAUGUUUCAAACUCUACACGGCUCUUUUUCCUAUCUGGAAGCAGCGGUUUUCCCAGCAGUUUUGACGACAAUGAUACCCAUCUAUGUGCUGCUUUCAAAUUGGAUCUAUCAAUGAACGAACUAGAAGGGCCCAUACCAGAAUCCCUGGGAAACAUAGAAGUGAAUGAAAGCUUGGGCGCUGUUGAUUCUCUCUGCUCAACCUUUUCCAUUGGUUUAUCAUACAAUCGGUUGAGUGGAGGCAUACCGGCAAGUCUCGGGACUUUGAAGUUCCUUACAUCCCUGGAGUUGGGUGAGAAUAACCUCAAUGGUUCUCUUCCAGCGACACUUGGAAAUUUGACUUCACUAUCAUCCCUCUGGUUGCAAUCCAAUAAUUUCACCGGUCCUUUGCCAAAGAGUUAUGGCAAACUUUCGGGCCUCCAAAGAUUUUCAAUAUCUGGGAAUUCGUUGUCUGGUCCUUUCCCCGACUUCAUUACUAAUUGGACUUCUAUCAGCACUCUCUUGCUCUACGGAAACGACUUUUCGGGCAGGAUACCUCCAGAAAUAUUUAAUUUGUCAGGUCUCAGUGAUCUGAUGAUAAGUGGUGUGCUGUACUCUUCUUUCCAAUUCCCACCGGUUUCAAACCUAUCGGACAUAACUAAUCUGGUAAUGAGAAACUGCGAGAUCACGGGUGCAAUUCCUAGAUACCUUUUUAAUGUGUCAUCAUUAAAACAUUUAGACUUGAGCUUCAACAACUUAGCCGGUGAUAUUCCAGAACUUUUGACCAAUGAUUUAAACUUAACCUAUAUGUCUUUUGCAAAUAAUAAGCUUAAUGGGAGAAUCCCAGCUUGGAUUGGUGCAGCUAAAUGGAGUCAGAUCACAGAUCUUUCCAACAACAACUUUUCGAAGUUCGACUCGGAAUUACUGAGAAAAAAUUCGGAAAAUCUGAACCUUUUUAAUUGCUGUAAUCAACCCAUUCUGCCAAAUAUGACUAAUUUUUGGAAUCAGAUGAAAGGGAAAGGGUGUCCUAAAGGGAAACAUAUGAAAUAUUCAUUGUUCAUUAAUUGUGGUGGUGAGGGAACAUUUAUUGAUGGGCAUCAAUAUGACACUGAUAAUGAAACAUCACAAUAUUUUAUAAGCCCAAAAGGAAACUGGGCUUAUAGCAAUUCUGGAGGCUUUUUGUCAACAUCUUUGAAUUCCAGUGAUUUUAUCAAAAGAGCGAAAUGUGGAAUUUCAGUAGCUGACGCACCUCUAUAUGAAAAGGCUCGCCUCUCUCCGACCUCCCUAAAGUAUUAUGGGGUUUGUUUGCGUAAAGGUAGAUACAAUGUCACACUUCAUUUUGCUGAAAUUGUUUAUGCUGAAGAUGACGAGCAUAGCAGUUCAAUGAAAAGGAUUUUCCAUGUUGAUAUACAGGGUGAGAGGCAAUUAACAGAUUUCAACAUCAAAGAGAGCGCAGGAGGUCCAAAUAAAAUUGUAGUAAAAACAAAUCUCACAGCAAAUGUUACUGAUAAUGGUGUGUUGGAGAUCCACUUGCACUGGGCUGGAAAAGGGUCCACGGCGGAUUUAUCUCCUUCUAGUGGGAAUCUUCGAAGUCGUUUUAGUGGGCCUCUUAUUUCGGCCAUCACUGUAACUCCUGAGUUCAAAAUCGAAGGUAAGAAGCUGUCUCCUUUAGAAAUUUCAAUGAUUACAUUGGCUUCAAUAGUAUUUGCAGCGCUGCUUUUGUUGGCUUUGGCUUGGGCAUUGGGCUGGUUUGGAAAAGUAGAGCUUCACGAAAUAAAUGUAGGACAAGAGAAGCCUGUCACCCUCAAACAGUUAAAAGAUGCCACUGCAAAAUUCAGCAAAGAAAUGGAGAUUGGUAAAGGGAGCUCCGGGACAGUUUAUAGGGCUCAACUGACGCCCGAAUAUAAUGUAGCUGUGAAGAGGGUUUUCAUUAAUUCGAUUGAAGGGAUCAACAAAACGAAAAGUGAAUUUUAUAAUAGCUUACAAAAAUUGGCACAUGAUAAUCUGGUUCAACUAUUUGAUGUCUAUGUUGGAAAGAACAUGUAUUUGCUCAUAUACGAAUAUAUGGAAAACAGAUCCCUUCAAGAUGUCUUGUUUGGCGAAUCAAAAUCCAAGAUCACACUCGACUGGGAAGCUAGAUAUAAUAUAUGCCUUGGCAUAGCGAAGGGUUUGAAGUACCUGCAUGAAGAGCAUCCAAGAGGACCUGGUUUGAAGAUGGUUCAUCGGGGUAUUAAACCUACCAAUAUCCUUCUUGAUGGAGCCCUAAAGGCUAAAAUAUCAGAUUUUGGGAAUUCAGUCCUCUACGCAGAGGAUUUCCAAGAUAAUCAAUUUAAUAAGGGCGUGAAAGAAGAAGCAUCAAGCGGGUAUGUGGCGCCUGAGUACCUUAUGUACGGAACCAUAUCAUAUAAAUAUGAUGUUUAUGGUUAUGGGGUGGUUAUACUCGAAAUCGUUUGUGGGAGGAGAAAUGCGGAACAAAAAUUGAACAAGGAUGAGCUCGAGUAUCUUGUAGAUGAGGUUGUUGUUGCAAAUUCACAAGGAAGGCUCCGUGGGAUGGUGGAUAAAAAUUUGGUGGGGUAUGAUGAAAAAGAAGCCAUGACAAUUCUAAAGUUGGCAGUGAGGUGCAUCAAUAUAUCCACCAGUUUUAGGCCCACAAUGUCUGAGGUUGUGAGUGUUCUGACAGGUGAGAAAACUAUUGACGAUAUUUGGAAGCCUGAUUCCACUCAGAAUCUGUGCCAAAACUGUUUAAAAUCUCUACGUGAAGAUGAUGGUGUUGUAGAGCUUCCACGCACCUAGCUUUUCUGGUGAUUGUGAAACAGAGAGUGUCAAAAAAUAAAGAACGUGUUUGUGAAAGUUUAAAAAGAUAGCAAGUGUGAAGAAAGCAAGAAAGACUAAAGAAGUAACCAGAGACAGAAACAAGUGAAGUGAGGUCCAUUUGGUGCUCUUCCUUGUAUUGUAUGUUAGCAAGUAAAUUGUGUAUUGUGCUAUUGUAAAAUAAUUUGAAUCCAAUCGCUUGUGAUUUGAAUUUAAACCUUUCUCAUAGAAAUGUACAAUUACCAUGUACAACAUGCUUUCUUGAUCAUUUAUGUUUCUCACUAAACCUUUUAAUGCACGCUGUCAUUUAUUAUCACUUUCUACU